AUGACGGUAACAAAUUGUAUUGAUCGGGGUGAUUAUUACUUGCAAUGUUUACAAGAGCCACAUACAUAUUGUAAUAUAUUAGACACGCCUCAAGCAAAGAAUCCGGCAUCUUCAACUCCGAGCACAUUGGUCGAAAAGACUCGGGGAUCUUUCCAAACAUCUCUUCAAAACGCAUCUUUUCAAAACGCAUCUUUUCAAAACCCAAGUGUCCCGACAAACAUAGACAAUCAUUCCACACAAAUUACUAGCAUCCAACAAAGUACAAUAUUUUCACAGCAAACAUUAAGUAAUACAUAUUUAAUAAACCAAAACCAAGUUGCGUUCAACCCUCUUGGACUGCAACAAAUAAUCAGGCCAGGGCAAGGCGUAGCACAGGGCGUUCAGCCUGUAAAUUUUGUACAACCAGUACAACAACCGCCGUACAUUAUGGCGGCAACAGGAACACCUCAAAUUUUCAUGAGACCCACACAAAUUUAUGCGUUGCAGCAUUAUCAACCAAUUAAUCUACAGGGUGUUAAUGCACCUCAACCAACAACUAUGCAACCGCUGCCACCUGGAACACGGCCAAUUGCAAUUGGAAACACAUCUAAUUCAAUAUCGACUACUGAUGAUAAUACUUCAAGAGCUGGGAGACCAAAUGCAUCGAUUAAUCCAAUUAAUCGGGUUUCCGGUGGCGCUAUCCGGCCUUCUCAUCAAUCUAUUGCGCCGCAAAUUACUAAUCGUAAUCCUCCAACAAUUCAAAAAGAUCCCCAAUAA